UCCUACCCAUUCUUCCCCAUUGCUCCUUCAGCAGGACUGUUUCGACCAAAAUGAGCUCAACACAAUCACCCAUCAAACUCCCAAGAUUUGUUUCUGUCGAAGACAGUGGCAUCUCUUCACUGACCAAGCCUGAUGAUGGUAUCAAGUUUAGUCUUGUGUCUUAUAACAUUUUGGCUCAGGCGUAUGUGAAGAGCUCCUUGUUUCCACACUCUCCACCUUCUCAUCUCAAGUGGAAAGCCCGCUCGCAGGCAAUUUUGACUGUUCUCAAGAACCUUGGAGCCGACUUUCUAUGCCUACAGGAAGUUGAUGAGUACAACAGCUUUUACAAAGGAAAUAUGGAGAGAAAUGGUUAUUCUAGUACUUACAUUCAGAGAAGUGGGCAAAAGCGUGACGGAUGUGGAAUAUUUUACAAGCAUCACAUAGCGGAGUUGGUGUUGGAGGAAAUUAUAGAUUACAAUGAUCUUGUAGACUCAAUUCAAGAGGGAAAAGUUCUGGGUGUUGAUAUACAAUAUGACAAGGAAGCUACUGCAAACAAAGAUCCUGGAUCCAAAAAUGGUUCAAAAUCAACAGGCACUCAGGAUCGUGGAGAUCCCAAUGAUCCCCGUGUCAGACUAAAACGUGAUUGUGUAGGACUUAUAGCAGCAUUCAAGCUUAAAAAUCCUUCACAAAAUGUUGUUAUAGUGGCAAACACACAUAUUUACUGGGAUCCAGACUGGGCAGAUGUUAAGCUAGCACAAGCUAAAUAUCUGCUAUCACGCUUGGCUCGUUUUAAAAAGUUGGUAUCAGAUAAGUUUGACUGCGCCCCAUCCUUAAUUUUAGCUGGUGACUUCAAUUCAACUCCAGGCGAUAAGGUUUACCAGCAUCUUACUUCUGGCAACUCUUCAUCUCCACCAGCGUUUGAUGCUCUUGAAGAUCUGCCUAUCCCUUUGUGCAGUGUCUACGCUUCUACAAGGGGUGAACCACCUUUCACGAAUUACACCCCUGGCUUCACAGGCACACUGGAUUAUAUAUUCUUUUCCCCAAGUGCCCACAUACAGCCAGUCAGUUUCCUUGAGCUUCCAGAACCAGAAUCCUCUGAUAUUAAUGGAGGAUUGCCAAACUUUAAUCACCCAAGCGACCAUUUACCAAUUGGUGCUGAGUUUGUGAUAUCCCAGGAACAAAUUCCUUGAUAAGGAAAAACACAGAUUAUUUAGUCUGUUUAGGCUUUUCUAUGAAACCUUACUGUUCAAUGUCUCCGUCAUAAUGAAAAACUAGUCAGUUUGAAUAUUCUUGCAUAGGAUUUCUUGUCAGGGCUUAGACAUUACGUUUAUACCUUGACUUCAUUCUUUCAUUCAUAUUGUUAUUACCUGGAUAUGGAACAGAUUGUAAUAUUUUUUUCGGUUGGUAAUUGAAUUGAAUUUAAAG